ACAAGCCGGGCUUAACUGUGCGUGCUCAUGUCCACGCAGGCAGGUGCAGUGAAGCAGCAUUUCCAAGGCGGGCGGGCGGGCGGUCAGGCGGCCGGCCCGGACCGGACAUGGAUUAUUGGCGCUACUUUGGAUGGCGUUGAAGAACAGGCGGAUCCGUCCCGUUUGCACGCGCCAGCCAGCCAGCCAGCCAGCCACUCUCCUUUCACCUUUAUGGGGAACCAGAUGGAGAAACGGACUCAUUUAAAUUACGUCGGGGUGCCCACAUCGGACCCGAAUGGUUUCGAGCCGGACGUCGACGACGGACCGCGCAUCGGCGUCUCUUACAUUUUCUCCAACGACGGCGGCGGGGACGACGACGACGACGACGAAGACGACCAUUCGGAGCCGUUCCCGCCGGAGGAGCACCUCGCCAAGGACCAAGAGAAGGCUUUCGAACCCGAAGACGAGCUGGAGUGUUCGCUUUACUUCCGAGAGGAGUGCAUUUUCCAGAGGAACACCGGAACGGCGACCCACUCCGCGGAGAGUCUACUCAACAAGUGCAGCCCCGGAGACGUGCUGGAGUUCGUGGCCACGGGACAGUACCCGCACUGGGCCGUCUACGUGGGCGACUUCCAGGUGGUUCACUUGCACCGAGCCGAGAUCAAGAACGGCUUCCUCGCCGACGUGAGUCAGGGCAAGAGAGGCCGCAUCGUCAACGGCCUUUACCGCUACCGUGCGCUCCAGCCGCAGGUGAUUGUGCGCAACGCCGUGGACCACGUGGGCUCCAAGGACCGAGAACUGUACUGGAGGAACUCGGAGUGCUUUGCGGCCUGGUGUCGCUUCGGGCGGAGAGAGUUCAAAAUCGGAGGGGAGAUCAGGAUCGGAAAACAGCCUUAUCGCUUCCAAAUGCACUUUUCCGACAAAAAGAGCCACGUCCUGGAGUUCCAGUGCCUGGAGGACGUGAUUAUGGAGCGCAGGAGGAAUGAGCAAAUUGGCAAGAAUGCUGUGAUGCAAGAACUGGCCACUCACCUGAACACAGCAGCAGAAGCAGAAGCAGCGGCAGCGCAGGACUUUCAAGAGGAGCCUUUAGGCGACUGAAGCAAGCGCUUUCCUUGCCAUUUCUAUUGGUUGACAACACACGCGCACACACACAACAGGUGGAGUCACAAUCGUUUGCGUUCACCUCCUCAGACAGAAAGGUACACAAGAAGAUUCCAUUUGACUUUUGUAAGCCACAGAAGCACCUGCAAAAAAGCCAGCAUCAAUAGCACGCACUUCGAUUUCUCAUGACGGAUCACUCAAAAAGCCAGCGUCAAUAUCACACACUUCUAUUUUUCUCUCUUUGUAGCUUCGUGAUGGAUCACUCCAAAAAAAA